UUUUGACAUCAUCACAGCUGACACCCCCUAAGCAAUGUGUCUAGUAAAAGAAAGUCAAAGUGUCUUAUAAAUAUAGGUUUAACUGACCUGCAAUUAGAACAGAAAUAAGUCGAGAUGAAAAAAUGAUGCCCAUUAAAGAUAAUCAAGAUGUUGCAUGCUUUUUUGUUACUAAACAUUCCUGGAAAGGAAAAUAUAAAAGAAUAUUCUCUGUGGGCACAAUGGGAAUUACCACCUAUAACCCCUCAACAUUGGAGGUGACAAAUAGGUGGCCAUAUAGCGAUUUCAUAUCGCUGCAGCCUCAAAAAGGUGCAGGGAAUACUCCAAAUGAGUUUAUCAUAACAAUGAAAAAGGAGCGCAAAAUAGAUCAUAUGAAAUUUUCAACUGAACAUAGGGCUCAAUUGUUGACAGAGGCGUUGAAAUUUAGACACAGUUUCGCCGAAAAGCCAAAGGAAAUCUUACGUUAUCAUGCUUAUAAACAUCAUUGGUCAGAUGUCAGAUUGCCAAUUGUUUUAGAAGUAACUGCCUACUCUCUUGAUCAACUUGAUCCAGCAACCAAUCAUAUUUUAGCUAGUUACUGUUUUAAAGAUUUUGAGGGAAUUUGCACAAUUUCUGAUUAUCCAGGGGCAUUUGUGAUAGUCUACGGCGGCUUUGGAAGACUGCACUUGUUCCAAGCUGUUGAUUUUGAAGAAAUCAAAAUAAAAAUGCUGGAAAGUGCAAGUCAAAAUUUAGGUCUUACAAUCAAAGUACUAAGUACUCCCAUUACAUUAGAAGAUUUCCAACUUCAAAGAUUUGGUAAAUAUAGUGACGACGAACAUUUAACGUCUGUGUCUGAAUUUCCCGUUUAUAAAGUGCAUAGAACUAGACAUCCAGAACCAGUUCGACGAACUCUCUGUUUAUCAGAAUCGUGUCUACUUGAAAGAGACCCUCAAACGUACAGUAUAUGUACUUUGCGACCUUUAGGCGAGAUUUUUGCUUUAAUAAGAGACAGUAACAAUCCUCAAUUGUUUAAUAUUGAAUACAUUAAUGGCCUUGUUAGGACUUACACGGCGACAGAUCGAGAUUCUUUACUAGCAUCACUCCUAGAUGGCGUUCGGGCUUCCGGGAAUAGAGACGUACAUGUUGCUAUGAUUCCAACUGAACGAGGGUUACGAUUAGGCCCUUUGCACUUGCCGGUUGAAGAGGAGGCCGAGAGUCUACAUGUAAAAUUUUUGCAAAAUCCUCCUCCACGCCGAACUUUUUUUGAAUGUGUUAGAAGGUUUAAUGCUAAUGUUCCUUAUAGCGGGCUGUUAUAUAGUAUCACACAGGAUGGCAUUUUUUCCGAAAAUAAGGAAAAACUGAUAACGGGUGCUCUUCAAUCACUGGUGCAGAAAGAAGGUGAUCAAAAAACAAUUACUUCAGUUGAACUUGAAGCACAGUUUCAUGCCUUAAGGCGACUGGUUGCGAGCAAGGUUGGAUAUGCAGGCUUUACCAUCUUACCAGGUUUUAGGGAAGCGAUCGGACAUAAAGUUGUUUCAGCGUUAAAAAGGAAUGAUUUUGGGUUAACUCACGCUGCUAUUGAUAUGAUUUGUGCUCUAAUGCACCCAAUGCACGACGACUAUGAUCUACGACAAGAACAAUUGAAUAAAUCGUCUCUACUCCAAACUAAAGCUUUUUUGGAAAACUUAUUGAACAUGUGGACCACUCACAUAACUCAAAACACCGGUGCUCUAAUCGUGUCUGCCAUGCUUGACGUUCUGACUUUUGCCCUUUGUGUCCCCUACAGUGAAACAACUGACGGUAAACAAUUCGACAUCCUUUUGGAAAUGGUGUCAGAACGUGGAAGAAUGUUGUUUAGGUUAUUUCAGCACCCUUCCAUGGCCGUUGUCAAAGGAGCAGGUCUAGUGAUGCGUGCUCUUAUUGAAGAAGGCGAUGCUGAGGUGGCAGCAAGAAUGCAGAAUUUAGCUUUGGCAGAAGGAGCAUUGCCUCGUCACCUCCUUGCAGCUCUAUACACCCAAGGUUCCGAUGGUCGAUUGUUAACACAUCGUCAAUUGUCUCGUCAUUUGGUCGGGCUUUGGGUGACGGGGAAUCCCACAGCUAUGGGAUUAUUGAAAAGAAUUAUGCCCACCGGUUUGAUUUCGUUUUUGGAUUCUGAAGAUAAAGUACCCGAACAUGCCCUCGAACAAGAGUUGUUAAAUCAUAGAGAUAAUUUAAAAAUUGCACAGGAUCAUGCCAAUAAGAGUAAAAGAAAUCCAAAUUGGAUUGCCGUCGAAAGACAAUUGAAAAAUGUAGAAAAACGGGUUGAACAUUAUACGAAUUUGGCGCUUCAACAUUGGGGGGCUCGUGUCGGUAUAAUAAUCGAAAGGAAGGAAAAAAUUAAAGAAAGGCCGAUUGUUUUGAGGAAGCGAAGGGAAAGGAUCAAGGCUGAAGCGAACUGGCUGUUGUUUUACUGGAAAUUUAACCAAGAUCACGCUAUCCCUAAUCUAAUUUGGAAUCAUAAGACUAGAGAAGAAUUGCGAAGUGCCUUAGACAAUGAAGUAAGAACAUUUGCCUCCGAUCGUGAGUUGGCGGGUUCAGCUUUGGUCGCUUGGAAUCACCAAGAAUUCGAAUUGCAUUACCAAUGUCUCGCAGAUGAAGUAAAAAUCGGUGAUUACUACUUGCGACUGUUGCUAGAAAUGGACGAUCACAAUGACGACUCACCAAUCCGACGCUCGUAUGAAUUUUUCAAUGACUUAUAUCACCGCUUUUUGCUUACGACCAAAGUAGAAAUGAAGUGCAUGUGCCUUCAAGCCAUGUCUAUAGUCUAUGGAAGAUACUUCGAAGACAUCGGUCCGUUUAGUGACACCAAAUACAUUAUCGGAAUGUUAGACAGAUGUGUCGAUAAAAUGGAACGCGAUCGUUUGGUGCUCUUCAUAAACAAAUUAAUUUUACAUCAUCGAAACGUUCGCGACAUUUUAGAAUCGGGGGGUGUACGCACUCUUGUCGAUUUAAUGACUUUGGCACAUUUGCACACUUCGAGGGCCGUAAUUCCGACCCAAACUAAUGUCAUUGAAGCCGGUCCUGGAAUGCAAGCAGUUCAAGAAAAAGAGUGGUAUUACAAUACUGAAGAAACAGGUCGCAACGGCCCUGUCAGUUUCCAAGAGAUCAAAGACUUGUUUAACAAAAAUGUGAUAAACCAUCGAACCAGAUGUUGGGCUAUGGGUUUGGAUAGUUGGAAAACUGUUUCGCAAUUGCCCCAACUCAAAUGGUGUCUUUUGGCCAAAGGAAGUCCAGUUUUGAAUGAAAGCGAGUUAGCGACUUGUAUUUUAAAUAUUUUGAUAAGAAUGUGUGAAUAUUAUCCUAGUCGGGAUUCGGACGAUGCAAUAAUUCGGCCAUUACCGAAAGUAAAACGUUUGCUUUCCGAUGCGACUAGUUUAUCACAUAUCGUUCAACUUUUGCUCACUUUCGACCCGAUUUUAGUUGAAAAAGUUGCAACUCUUCUUUGUGAAAUAAUGCGAGAUAAUCCGGAAAUGUCCAAAGUGUAUUUGACCGGAGUUUUCUAUUUUAUUUUGAUGUAUACCGGAAGUAAUGUCCUACCAAUCGCACGUUUUUUGAAGCUGACACAUAUGAAACAAGCUUUCAAAGCUGAUGAGGGGACGUCCGAUAUAAUGCAACGGAGUAUUUUAGGUCAGUUAUUACCCGAGGCCAUGGUGAAUUAUUUAGAAAAUCAUGGCGCGGAAAAGUUCGCACAGAUUUUCCUCGGAGAAUUCGAUACACCGGAAGCCAUCUGGAGUGCGGAAAUGAGACGAAUGUUGAUUGAAAAGAUUGCCGGACAUAUCGCGGAAUUUACGCCAAGGUUGAGGAGUCACACUAUGGCGAGAUAUCAUUAUAUUCCUAUUCCGGCGGUUCGGUAUCCACAGUUGGAGAGGGAACUAUUUUGCAAUAUUUUCUAUUUGCGACAUCUUUGCGAUACUACCAAGUUUCCUGAUUGGCCGAUUCCGGAUCCGGUAAAACUUUUAAAAGAUGUCCUUGAUGCCUGGAGGUCCGAAGUUGAGAAAAAGCCUCCAGUUAUGACAGUCGAAGAAGCUUACAAAAGUUUAGGUUUGAAUGGAUCAUUCCAUGAAGAAGCGGUUGUCCGUAAAGCUUACUACAAAUUGGCACAACAAUUUCAUCCCGAUAAAAAUCCAGAAGGAAGGGAACGUUUUGAAGAAGUCAAUAAAGCUUACGAGUUUUUGUGUAGUAGAAGUAGCUGGACUACGGAUGGUCCUAAUCCUCAUAACAUCGUUUUAGUCUUGCAAACUCAAAGUAUUUUGUUUCAUAGAUAUUCUCAAGAAUUACAACCGUAUAAAUACGCCGGGUAUCCACAACUGAUCAAAACAAUUAAAAUGGAAACAGCCGACGAUCAACUGUUUUCUAAAAGUGCCCCCUUACUUGCCGCUGCUAGCGAAUUAGCAUAUCACACAGUCCAUUGUUCGGCCUUAAACGCCGAAGAAUUACGACGCGAAAACGGCCUAGAAGUCCUUCUUGAAGCAUACACUCGAUGCGUUAGCGUUUUAAACAAAUCGUCAAAACCGACCGAUACUGCAGUCCUAGUGUGCACACACAUAACUAGAUGUUUUAGUGUGGCAGCACAAUUCCCGGCAUGUAGAGAAAAAAUGAUCGAUUUGAAACAACUCGUUAAAGACUUGUGUCGAAUCCUCUACUUCAAACAUCUCACGAAAUUGUGUUCUAUCGCCACUGAAUGUGUCAGCGCUCUUUCAAUCGAUUCAAUUCUUCAAUUAGAAUUGAUCAAAUCGGGCGCCUUGUGGCAUCUUUUACUCUUCAUGUUUGAUUAUGAUUUCACACUUGACGAAGGCGGAGUUGAACGGAGCGAAGAGGCCAAUCAACAGGAAGUUAGUAAUAGGUUGGCGAAAGAAGCUGUGAAGGCUUGUGCCGCUUUGGGUGGGUACUUCCCCGGGGAAAGUGUUCCACCACCGAAUAAUUUAACAAGAGGGAUUUUGGAGACUCUAUUGACCAGUUUCUUAGCCAAUCAGCUCGGAACGGAUAAGCCAGAAGAGAUUCUUAAAACGCUGAAUAGCAACAGUUCGACGCCGUAUUUAGUCUGGGAUAACGGUACCAGAGCUGAACUUAUCGACUUUCUAGAAAAACAACGUAGUGGUAGAGGUGAUUUAGAUUUAAGUAUAGGAACCGACUUUACCUACUCUGCACAUUCUGGUGAAUUACAAAUUGGUAACAUUUUUAUCAGGAUUUAUAACCAGCAACCGACCUAUCCUAUUCAGAAUGCCAAAAAUUUCACAAUGGAUCUCUUAAACUUCCUCUCAGAACAAUCCGAGUAUUUGUUAAAUUUGGUCAACAUAGCAUAUUCCGUUACAAUAGAAGAUAGACUAAAAUAUUCUGUGAUGACUUUGGAAGCUUUAACAAAUGUGAUACGGAACAAUACAGGUGUCGAAUUGCAAUGCAUCGGUCAUUUCCGAUUACUCUUCAGCUUACUUAACGUCUCCCACAGCCCUAUCCAAAAAGGUGCACUCAAUGUGAUAUCAGUAGUUACUAGAAAUAACGAGUGUAUCAAUGAUAUUGCCGCUACUGAAGUGUUGGGAUAUUUAUUACUAGUCUUAUACACGAUUCAAGAUUCGCAGCCCCAAAUUUUGGACACUUUAUAUGCGUUAAUGUCGACGACUAAAAUCGUCAAGGAGGCGUUAAGUAAAGGUGCCGUUAUUUAUCUCUUGGACCUCUUUUGUAAUUCCACCAAUUCGCAAAUACGCCUCACUUGUGCCGAGUUGUUGGCUCGAAUGAGUUCGGAUAAGCUCGUUGGACCAAAAGUUCGGUUAUGUUUGGGGAGUUUCUUACCACCGAUUUUUGCCGAUGCGAUGCGAGAUAGUCCGGAAGCGUCCGUGAAUAUGUUUGAAUCGGCCCACGAACACCCUGAGUUAAUUUGGGAUCAAGAGGCCAAAGAUCGGGUCUGUACGACGGUGGCUCGACUAAGAAGAGAACAUCAAACCGUGCAAAGUACUAAUCCGGCCGCUCUUUGGAAAAUGCCCGACAUUAACGGGCUUACCAACUUUGCCACACCAAAUGAGUUCAUCGUUGGUGGAGUUUAUUUAAGGAUAUUUAUUGCAAAUCCCGCUUGGACGUUGAGAAAACCAAAAGAAUUUUUAUCGGAACUUAUGGAAACUUGUUUGACUCUGAUGACCAAAGACAAACCCAAUACCGAAUUAUUAGAAAUGGGGACAACCGCUCUCUGUUCGUUAUUGCAAGCACAACCAGCCCUUUUGGAUCUGAUCCCAUCCAUGGGCCACAUUCCGCGCCUUUGUAGACAAAUGGGUUCAAACGUAAGGCAAACUAUUGUUCCUAAAUCUGCUAUACUCAUCUUGAAUGCACUUUCAAGUAGCAGUAUUUGUGUGGCUGCGAUAGCACAAACAGAUUGCAUGCAUCCUCUAAAACAGGCAAUGCAAGUGCGCAAAGACAUGAUAGCAGUAGCUUGUGAAGCUCUCAAUCGUCUCUUUUCGAACAACCAAGAUCAGCUAGUUAAGCAAGCUUUGGACGUUGAUUUCGUCCAAUUUCUGUUGACACUGUUAGAAGGAAGGCUCGAAAUUAUCGAUAAUCCUGCUAUGACGAAAGCGCAAAUUGUCAAAGCUCUCAAAUCGAUGAGUCGGAGUUUGUUGUAUGGGGAAAGGGUUACAAGCAUUCUCGAUAAGAGUACCAUUUGGGCCGAGUACAAGGAUCAAAAACAUGAUUUGUUUAUAUCAAGUACCCCCAUUUCUGGUUACUUGACUGCUGGAACACCAACUGCCGCGGGUUAUUUAACUCAAGGUUCGAGUACUAAAGUUGCGUUUCAACCUCCUCCUGUCGAUAAAGAAGAUACCGCCUUAAAACAGGACGGACUCUAGUGAUCUACAGGGUGAUAUUUACAGAACUUCAGGAUUGAGUAUUAAGUGUAAAUACAUUCCUAACUUUAAAAGCAAUAGACUUAAUGUUUGAUAAACUUAGUGUAAUUUAUGUAAAAAAUGUAAAUGUUUAAGGAUAAGUUUAGGUACUUUGUAUGCUUUACUAAAGGUAUUAAUUUAUGCUUAACAAAUACAUUAUAUUUUCUAUCAUAUGA